CAUAAACCAGAGGGCGUAUUCUCGAUAGAACCGCCGCUGUAGCUGCUCAGUUUCUCGUUGGAGUUGCAAGAAAAACAAAACCAUGGGGAGAAAAUUCUUCGUCGGUGGGAACUGGAAAUGCAACGGGACCAACGAAGAGGUGAAGAAGAUUGUUACUACUUUGAAUGAAGCUCAAGUUCCUGGAGAAGAUGUUGUGGAAGUUGUUGUUAGCCCUCCCUUCGUAUUCCUGUCUCUUGUGAAAAGUUUGUUGCGGCCGGACUUCCAUGUCGCAGCACAAAAUUGCUGGGUUCGCAAAGGUGGUGCUUUUACUGGAGAGGUCAGCGCUGAAAUGCUUGUUAAUUUGGGUGUCCCUUGGGUCAUUCUUGGUCACUCGGAACGGAGACAGCUUUUUAACGAAGCAAAUGAGUUUGUGGCCGAUAAAGUUGCUUAUGCGCUUUCUCAAGGUUUGAAAGUUAUUGCUUGCGUUGGGGAGACUCUUGAGCAACGUGAGGCAGGUUCAACAAUGGCUGUUGUAGCUGAGCAAACAAAAGCGAUUGCAGCUAAAGUAUCAAACUGGGAUAACGUUGUUUUGGCCUACGAGCCAGUAUGGGCCAUUGGGACAGGAAAGGUUGCAACUCCUGCUCAAGCUCAGGAGGUCCAUGCCGAAUUAAGGAAAUGGAUUCACAGCAACGUCAGUGCUGAAGUCGCUUCAUCUGUCAGAAUUAUCUAUGGAGGUUCUGUUAAUGGAGCAAACUGCAAAGAACUGGCUGGGCAGCCAGAUGUUGAUGGUUUUUUGGUCGGCGGUGCUUCAUUGAAGCCGGAGUUCGUUGACAUUAUCAAGUCUGCCACUGUGAAGAAUUGAAUUUCGUAGGUGGGAAAUGGAUAUGGUGCUGGGCUUGGAACUUGGCUAGGGUGAACACAGCACCCAAAUAAUUGCGAUUUGCUUUCGCCACCAUCCUCAAGCCAUCAGAUAGGCUUUGUUUAAUGUCUUGUGUUUCGUCGUGCAAAAACUGUGUAGGGUAAUUAUUUGCCCCAACUUGUUAUGAUGCCCAUUGUCAUGGGAUACUUAAGCAUAUCGGUUUACUGGUAUUCUGCCUAAUAAUUUUAUCUUGAGUGUAUGACAGUACUGGGAUAAGAAUUCCUAGUAGUUUUUCAUGAAGGGUUUUGAUCGGAUCA